GAACGCAGCCGCGUAAUAUGUUUGGUGUUUGUUCGGACGUCGCCAUUUCUAAUUUCUUUCAAAAUAAAAUGUAAAAGAACGACAAUUUGGAUAUUGUCAGCCAAGUUUUAAUCGCCAUCCGCUAAAUAGUGAAACUUUAUCCAGCGCGUGCAGUGUAAUUGAAGUGAAUUGCGACGCGCCGUCAUGGAGUAAUUGGGAAAAGUGUACGUCCGCGAAAAAGUUGCUCACCACCACUCCAUAGAUUUUUUUCGUUCGGGCCGCCGUUUUUGACAAAAAGGUUUCGUUCGUGAGUAGUGCUGAAAGAAAGUGGUGGAGUGGAAAAAGUAGUUUCACGGACGGAUAUUUUGGCAUUUGGCGAGCCGCAUGAACCUGUAGAAAGUGUGUGAAUAAUUUCGGGACGCAUCUGACUAAUGCUGGCGGAGCGCUCGUCCGCGAUUUGCCUGCGAGAUCUCCCUCGAGCGCGUACGGUGCGGUUUGCGGAGGAAUGAACCCAUUGGAGAUAGUCCAGAAACACAAUAUAGAAGUCAUGUGAUACGAUCACUUCCUUGAACUAGAGUUAUCCUACCACUUUCAUGGAAUUAAGAUAAAAUUAAAUAAAUGCAUAUGUAAGUUAAAGCAUAAUGACCGAUCGAGAUAUACCCAGCGUUCCGGUUACUACUUUAGCCGGAUUGGCAAGUUUAUCAGAUUUAUUAAGCGAGCUCCCAGUAUCGGAUUCCAUUUCCAGCGUUUCUUCCCUGAACAAAUCACUGCUGUUCCAUACACUGGUGGCGGACGAAUCCAAGAACCUCUUGUCUGUUCGUGACGAUAAUCUUGUAAGGCAACUAGUUAAUGCAAUAGAACAAACAAGCUCAGAUCAUAUUGAACUUAAACCGCAAUACGCUUACAAUCAACUUGGCACAAACAUAAAUGAGUCCCCCGAGCUCCUGCAAGGCAUUUACACAUUUAGGCCUACCGUUUUUAAUACUCCACCUAGCCAGCGGAUACAAAUAAAUAACGUUUUUAAUAAAACCUCUCCAGUGUUAGUUCAUCAACAUCAGCAGCAGCCGCAGCAGCAGCAACAACAGUCGCCACAAGCAAGAAGUAACAAGAACUUCCCUCAGCAACCAGAUCAAAAUGAAUUGCAAACUCCUGCCGUUCAGAAGAACGUCAUUACCACAAGGCACAAAUCACAAUUAGCUGGUGGGCAACACCAAGUUAUCACAUCACCGACGAACAACAGCAGUGUCCAGGUCGGGACUGGGGCGGAAGUCAAAUUGGAAUCGAACAUUGGCCAGGGGCCCCUUGUUGUAAACUCCACUGCGAAUUUGCCAUCACAUCCUAAUGCAAUCAAUGUCAACAACUAUCACCACGUAGAUUCGAUAAUCCAGCAACAUCCCAACUCUAGGCAACAGCAAACGGCAGUGCAGCAUCCACAAGUUGCUUUACAGCAGCAGCAACAACAAGUUGCUUUGCAACAACAACAGCAGCAAGUUGUGCUGCAGCAACAGCAAACUGUUCUGCAACAACAACAACAGCAACAAUAUUAUCAGCAGCAACAGCAAAUUCAACUUCAGCAAAAGCAGCAAAUACCGCAACACAUUCAGCAGCAACAUCCACAGUUGCAUCAAGCUAUUCCGCAACAAAAUCAACAGCAUACUCAGCAGAUACAAAAUCAACAGCAUCAGCAACAAAUCCAAGCGCAACAGCAAUAUGUGAUCCAACACUCGAACCAGACGCAACAUCUUGUACAGCAGCAGCAACAUCAACCGCAACCGGUGUUACCGAAUGCAGUACAAGCCGUUCAACACCAAGUGAUAUCAGCUCCGCAACAACACAACGUCCAAAAUACGCAGCAUCCGCCAUCGCUUCAACCACAUCAAAUUCAGCAUCACCAUAAUCAACAACAAAUCAUCGACAAUGCAGUUCACGGGCCAGCGUUGGUGAAUCAACAGCUUCAGCAAAAGCCGCCUCUACAGCAGCAGCAGCCACCUCAGCCCAAUCAAACCCGAGUUAAUUUACAACAUCCUCAAGUGCAGCCGCAGCCUACGGGGCAGCAACCGGCGAUCCACACGCAAAUUCAACAACAAAAGACGAUUCCUCGCAACAACGAAUAUCUCGAACAACAAAGCAUAAACUUUGACCUUCGCGGACCGUCACCUGCCCAGGCGAGCGUUGCUCCGGAUUCCAAUCAAAUAGGCACUCCACGACAAUUGUCCCAAUCUCAAUCGCAACAACCGCCCACUUCCACUCCAUCUGCACCACUCCAGCAAUCUAAGCAGGCCGAGGUGGCCAAACUCCCAACAGCAAACACCAUGGGCCGAACAGCUACAACUCAAGCUGGCGGCGGCAAGGGCGAGAACAACGGGUCUAAGCUGCCGAAAGUGUGUUUGAGUCGAUUAAAAGUCGAAGACGAGAAGCUGAUGCAGGAGAGCCUAACCAAGUUUGUGAAAAAGUCGCCUCAGCUGGCGAAGAAGCUUGGACUGGAUAUUGGGGCGGAUGGAGGAGGCGGGGCGGAUGGAGGAGGUGGGGCAGAUGGAGGAGUUGUGGCUGAUGCUCCGGCCGUCGUGGAUAGGGUUAAUGAUGAGGCGAUGAAAACUGAGAAACCUGUAAAAGAUGAUAAAACGGUUCUUAGGAAUGAAGAUAUAUUUUCUGUGAUGAAAGCGGACGAUCGUAGGAAUGCAUCGAAACGUAAGCUUCCUGUGACGCCGAAUGAUCUUCCCCCGGAAGAGAUAUUUACGAAACCCAAACUCCGACGUGUGGAACGCAUUGUAAUGCCAACAACUCCAAAGACAUCCAAGGAGGAGGUCAUGAAAUCACAAACUUACCAGCAAUUUAUGAAAAACAUGGAACAAAUCAUUGAAUUGCUGGAUGACACAGAAUCACCGAACUUCAAUUCAGAAGAGACGGAUGAGAAUGUUGAAUGCAUUUCGUCGAAAAUGUUGACGGUAGUCAGCAACGACGUCGCGAAACUUAAAGCGAAAGGUGCAUUGGAUUCGAUCCCGAAAAACAAGCUGACGCUGCUAAUCAAUUAUGCAAUGCGAAAUGUGUAUCUGGCGAGAAACUAUUCAGCGGGACCGGACGUUGAGGAGGAACUCGGCGGCGACGAGGCCAUGGAAAAAAUUCUUAAUGCAAUCGAAGCUUGUCUUCUUAUUUGCAAUAUUUAUUCAACUGUGAAAGAUUUGAAAUUUCUCCAGGAGGACAACAUUUCGUUGAUUGUUAAAUUCGUUCAAUUCCAAUUCCGUGAAACCAUCUUCCCGUCGUAUGAUCCCGUCUACACUGUGAAAACAAUGAAAAAGGUUGAUAAUCGUAAGAAAAAGGCCGCGACUAAUCACAACCGAAGUUUGCAAUUACUCUAUUCGAAAUCGGUGGAACUGAUGAAGGUGUUUGUAACGCUCUUCGAUAAAUGCAUAUUCGUUGACACGAUAGUGCUGGCACUGUCGACGUUAGCUGUCGAACCAUUUUUUGUCGAUAAUAUCGAAACGUUACAAUUUGUUUGCUUAGAAUUGGUCACAACGAUUUUUCGGAAAGAGCAAUAUGUAAAUAUGCGCAGCAGUAUUCUGGCUGAUAUUUUAGCUUCCAUCGAUAGGUUACCAUGUUCUAAAAAGAAUCUGCGACCAUUCAAGCUCGCCAACAAUGGCGGGAACAUUCAAAUGGUGACCGCACUAGUGCUUCAAUUGAUCCAGUGUGCAUCGGUUUUGCCCGAAGCACUCUGUGAAAAACCACCCACCAGUCGGUCAAAUAAGAAGGCAGCAAGCAAAAAUAACGAACUGUCCACGGAUGACAAUUCAAACAAGCCGAAACUCGACAAAGAUCUUGUAGUUAUGGAAAAGUAUGAUACGGCCGUAAGUAUAGGUGGUAAUUUUUUAACGACGUUCUUAAGUAAAUGUAAAAGCCGUUCGAGUGAAACCGACUUCCGUCCAUUGUUCGAAAAUUUUAUUCAUGACUUAUUGGCCACGGUGAACAAGCCGGAAUGGCCUGCAGCUGAGCUACUUUUAAGCUUGCUAGGAACCCUCCUGGUCAAAUAUAUGUCAGACAAGUCGAUUGAGCAAUCGAUACGUCUGGCAUCGCUCGACUAUUUGGGUAUCGUGGCAGCGCGGUUACGAAAGGAUACGGUAGAAUCGCGAUGUAAGGUACAAAUAAUGGAUCAAAUGAUAAAAUGUAUUAAGGCUGAACAAGAGAAGGAGGGAGACCUGCCAGAUAAAGACAGUAAGAUUGUCUUGGAUCCUGAGGAAGAACGUGUCGAGUUUCUGCAAAAAAUACUUUUGGACUUUUUGGCUGUAAACGCUCAAGAAGAGAAUUUAAUUUGGGACUACGCCAGGCAUUUCUAUUUGGCGCAGUGGUAUCGAGAUAUAAUGCAAAACAGAAAACGAAUUGCCGAGGGAGAGAAGGGGUAUGCAUCUCGAAAGAAAACAACAAAGAAGAGAAAAAAGAGAGGAGAAUCCUCGGAGUCAUCGUCCGAAGAAGAAGACGACAAAAGUGACGAUGCCUCAGUGGAAAAUAUGAAAUCAUCCGGUGCUGGCUGUCCAGAUCAAGAAUUGAAUCUCGAAAUAUUUCGUGUAUUAGAUGAACGUAAAAAAUAUUUGCUAAGCAAAAUAAAACCAUACUCGGAUGUCAAUUGUACAUCACAACAUAUAAAGACGUAUAUCGACUACAAUAACGCAUAUUUGAUUGCACAAUACUUAGCGAGUAAAAGGCCGUUCAGCCAAUCGUUCGAUAAAUACCUUCAGAAAAUUAUAUUAGUAGUGAGGGAGCCGGCUAUCGCCAUACGAACUCGUGCAAUGAAGUGUCUCGCGACAAUUGUCGAAGUGGAUCCUCUUAUUUUGAAACGCAAAGACAUGCAAAUGGGUGUGAACCAAAAAUUCCUAGACACUGCAAUUUCCGUGCGUGAGGCUGCCGUCGAUUUAAUUGGGAAAUACGUGCUAAGCAGUGAAGAGUUAAUUGAUCAGUAUUAUGAGAUGUUAUCAACUAGAAUUUUGGAUACUGGAGUUUCAGUUCGGAAACGUGUCAUCAAAAUUUUGCGAGAUAUUUGCAUCGAGUAUCCGGACUUUGAAAAAAUUCCAGAGAUAUGUGUUAAAAUGAUCCGUCGGGUUCACGAUGAGGAGGGCAUUCAGAAGCUGGUUACAGAGGUUUUUAUGCGAAUGUGGUUCUCACCGUGUGCUGACAACGACCGGGUCGGAGUGCAAAGGAAAAUAACUCAAAUUAUUGAUGUAGUGAACUCUGCACAUGACACGGGGACUUCAUGGCUUGACGGCCUCCUCACAAAUAUAUUCACACCAAAAGAGAACAACGCAAAAUCUGGAGACAAUGCUCCCGGUGAACCAGUGAAGAAAAACACCGAACCACCUGCUGAUGUGGUGCUAUCCUGUCAACAAUUAGCCGAUGGAUUGGUCGACAGACUGAUCAUGUUGGAGGAGUCGGAUAAUAGCCGUAUGUUGGGGUGCAUAACAACAAUGUAUUUGUUGGCAAAAGUUCGACCGCAGUUGCUAGUACGACAUGCUAUCACAAUAGAACCCUAUUUGAAUAUAAAGUGCCAUUCAGCAAUUGCGCCGAAAUUUAUUAGUUCGGUCGCGGAAAUAUUAGAACAGGUUGUCCCAUUGAUGGAGCAUCCCAGUGAAUCAUUUUUAGCCGAUUUAGAAGAACAUUUAAUGGUGCUUGUUGUAUCGCUUAAUCAGUCUGUGGUUCUUAGUUGUUUAUCGUGUUUAGGAGCUGUUAUAAAUAAAAUCACUAAAAACUAUAAGUUAAUAAGAGAUUGUUUUUCUAGAUUUUAUAGAACUUUAGCCAAUAGUCGAGAUCACUUGGUGAAUAAUCCCAAUUUACCAAUCGAACAUAUUUAUCAGCCGCUUUUUAGGCGGAGUUUAUACACAGCAGGGAUACUAACGCGAUUUUUUGAUUUUAACAAUCCUCAAGUCUUCGGUCAAGGUGAAGCUGACGGCUUACCCCCAACAAUUUGUGAAGAAGUUUUCGAUUGUUUGAUGUACUUCAUGAAUUGUUCGAACUUCGACAUACGGAAGCAAGCACUAGUGUCUAUAGGAUUUUUUUGCGUACAAAAUGAUGAAUAUCUCACACGACCUAUACUACGGGAUUUAUAUCGUGAACUGUUAACAUCACCGAUUGUUGAAGCGUACGUCAAAACACUUGCUAUGAGGAACAUUUUGAUGUAUCUGACGGAGUCGGAGAUGGUUAUGCACAAUAAGGAAAAAGACUGGCAAACGCAAGCACAAACUGAGGAUCUAAAAGAAAUGAAUGAUGUGAUGUCGGGAAUGGCGAGUAGAAUUAUUCAACUCUAUCUAACCGAAAUACUCAAUUGCUUUCUACACCCCGAUUCGACUGUGCGUCUUUGGGCUGUUCGUGUAGUACAAAUUGUUUUAAGGCAAGGUUUAGUGCAUCCUGUUCGAAUGGUGCCGUAUCUUAUUUGUUUGAGUACCGAUGAAAAAACGGAUGUUGCCCAUCUUGCCGAUUCGCUUCUCAAAGACAUUGAUCGAACGUAUUCGGGCUUUGUCAAUAUGAAAGUCCAAGUGGGCUUACACCUUUCCUUUGUGCUUCAAGAAAUUCUGCAAAUGCGUGGAGAGAAUCGCAUCGUUCGCGGCUAUACCAUCAGAGAAGACCAAGCAGUUGCAAUGAAUGAUUUCUUGUACACACUGUUACGAAAUACUAAGCCACAAAGACGAGCACUCGUACAGACAAUUACGAAACAAUUUGAUGAUCAAAAAACCACUCUUCGUCAAAUGCUGUAUUUGGCUGAUAAUUUGGCUUAUUUUCCCUAUGCAGUCCAGGAUGAGCCGCUCUAUCUAAUCCAUCAAAUAGAUAUAAUGAUAUCAGUGACUGGAACGAAUUUAUUAGCUAAUUUUAAGGAAGGUUUAAAACCUAUGGAUAUUCCUGAGGAAAAACGAAAUCCACUAGAUGACGAUGAUGACGACGAGGAUAAAGAUAAUAUUUAUAGUCGAUUGCCUGAAGAUACGACGGAUCUACAGCGCUGUAUAAUUGCUGCACAAGGCUGUAUGCUGUUGUUGUUUUUAAAGCAGCACUUGAAAGAUAUGUAUGGUAUUACGGAUGGUAAAGUCAACCGGUACUCACCAUCAGAGCCACAGAAAAUAUAUGAGAAGGCUAUAUCGCGUAAACAAGUUCCUAAGUUUGAUCCGAAAGGGACAAUUGAUGAGAUUAAAAAGGAGCAUAUUGUUCAUGUGGACAUAAGUGAGGAGGAAAAGAAAGAUCUGAUAGACAAGUAUUUAGACUUCAAACAACUGAUGCUUAAACUUGACCCUGAAGAUUCGGAUUCGCAGGACGAAGAUAAACAAAAAUUGAAUAAUUCAGUAAAUACAACGCCAAAGACGAAUGCAACAAAUACGAAUGGCAAUUCUGAAGCAAACGAUCAGGAGAACAAUGCGACUGGUCAUGUAAAUAAUAUUAAUAAUUCGCUCACACCGGCGCCGGCAGCAACAGUAGUUCCAGUUAAGGAUGUACCAGUUACCCCUACUACGAGAAGUUCGAAAUCUGCAGCGAAAACGACUUCCACACGGAAACAACCCACCCGAAGUAAACGAAAAAGAAGGAAGAUUAUUUCCUCAGACGAGGAAGAUAGCGAUUACAGUGGUGGUUUUGAUUCUUCGUAAUAAAAAUACCUAAUAUGGAAUGAUGAUAAUAAUGUCUUUCAUUUUGUUGUAAAAAUUGUAAUGGUUAGCUCGAACUAAAAAAGAAAUCAAUUACACUCAAUGCAAAUGUAAAUAAGAAAUUAAGUUUCAAGUGUAGUUUUAAGAUUAAUCUAUGUAAAAGAGAAAAAGAUGAAAGAAAAAAAUCGAUAAAAGGAUAAGACAUUUAACAUUUUACUAUAAGAAAAAAGACUAUACUUAAUGAGAGAAGAAGAAAAUGAAAAUUUUUACUAAUUUAAAAUGAAAAGGUAAAGGUAAUAUAAUUUUGUAAAUGAAAAUAAAUGUUAUCUAAGGAUAAGUUAAAAGAACACAUCCACACACGCAUAUACAUGUAUGGUCAUUGCAAAUAAAACUAGUAAUUAUAGUAAUGAUAAUUUAGAAAUCAUGAUAAAGAUCGAAGUCCUUGUAAUAUACAUAUAUUUAUCUAAAACAUUUUAGCUUUAAAAUAUUAUAAUUAUAAUAACUAUGGAGUUACAUUGAAUCAAUCUUUCGUUUCUUUAGCAUAUUAUUAUGGAAUAGAUUCUUUGUGAGUAUUCAUAAUUAUAAAUAAUAUUUAUUUGUAAUUAAGAAGUAUAUUAAAAACAGAAAACACAAAAAAGAGAAAGGACAAAAAAUUUAAACUAUAACUUUGUAUAUGAUAAAAGAGACAGCAAUGAAAAAUAAAAAUGUAAGAAAGAUUUUUUUUUCUGAAAAUUUAAGUUGUAAACUUCAUGUGAAAUAUGAUAAAUAAUAAUACAUCGAUACUGUUUCAU